CCAUCUGUUUACUAUUUGAUAACGCAGCAUGUGAAAAUCCUUGUCGGACACAUGUCGAGGAUAUUCUUUUGUUUAUUUAUGCAGUCCUUCAAGUUCAGAAAGCUAUAAAAGUAUUAAGAUUGCAUGGAAAAGCAGCGUUCUUUGGUAUUUGCAAUAUGCAUACAUCGAUGAGUCGAGUUCACCAGACCUCGAAUAUUUUCCCGCUGCGAUGUUACGCAUCAACGAAAAAUUCAAUAUCUCCGGAUUAUCAACAUUCCAGAGUGUUGACACCUCUGUCAGAGUGCUCUGCUUUACCAUUACUAUAACAUUACCGUCUCUUUCUCGAGCACGAGAUUCCUCAUAAUCCUCUUUCAGUUUUUCAUUUUCGAAUACCGCGUAGUGUCAAAUAAGAAUUACACGAAUAGGUUUACAUUCCCAGUGGUUUUUAGUGUUCGGAGAUGUGAGUGUGAUUAAUCUGUGAACAAUUUUUUGCAUCCUUCUCGUUCACCCUUUUUAUAAGAAUUGAGAUGUAGUGCUUUUAAAUAUUCCGGAAAAAUUCAAAUUGGAGGUACUUGGAAAAUUAUUUUAAAGAGUGAACUCAAUAUAACACAGGAGGCAUAAAUGAGAGAGUAGAAAAAUGAGUUCUUUGCAACAAGGUAGCAGAUUCUUGCCUUUUUCAAAUAACAAUAUACAAAGGAAACAAUUAUCAAUGCAAGGUGGUCUUCCACAAAGCUUAAGCGGUAGUGAAACCGAUGUUUCAACAUCCAAUGAAAACUUAACCAAUGAAGAUCGCUAUGUAAUAAGGCAUACAGCUCGUCAAGAACCUCAAGGUCAAGAGAAUCAGCAGCAAAGUCCAUCCAGGUCUUCCAGUCACAAAGAAAAUAUACCAAAUAUACAAGGUAAUCUGCUCAAUAGAAACAGUUUGAAGGACAGUUUGAAUGGAUCGAACAGAAACAGUUUGAAAGAGAAUUUGAAUGGUUCCAAUCGAAAUAGCCUUAAAGACAGCAUCAAUGGUUCUAAUAGAAAUAGUUUGAAGGAUAAUUUAAGUAACCGUACUAGUGUUGGCUCAAAUAGGAGUAGUUUGGAUGUGUCUACAAGUUCAUAUAAUACACUCAUCAUACAUAACGCUAAUGAUGACAAUUCAUGGGUACCAUCUGGAAGGUUAUCAGGUGUAGUAAGAGAGCACGGUGAUAUGGGUUACUUGUAUUGUGACGGUGGUGGAAAAGGACAUUCUAACAGUCCUACUAUGCAGUCCUUAUCAAAUUUAUCGCAUGAAGAUCAUGUUUAUGAGCAACCUACUAAUGGAGGGUGUCAAGAAAUUACAGACAUACCAGAUGAUUAUUUGAGUCAAUCACAGGUUUUAAAACAUCUUGCGAAAGAAGUGAAAGUACCAUCAUAUAGUAAACUUGCAAAUAAUGGUGGAAAUAUAGACAUGAGAAUGAGAGAAGGUGAUAGAGGAAAACAAAACGACAGUGAAUCUGAAGACAGACCACCACCUUCAUACAUGUCUGUUCUGUUACCAUUGAAAAACAAAUCCAGACUUGUUGGACCAAUAGAAAAGUUAACAUUAUCAAGAUCACAGCCUGAUUUGUCUAGAAUUGGCAAACCAGAUAUUGACAACUAUAACUUACGAGCUACUUCUCCACGACCUCAAACAAAAGGGAGGGAAGAGACAGAAUCUGCGACUGGUGAAAUCUGGCCUCCAUCGGAAAUGAUUCAGAUUGUAAUCCAAGAAAACAGUGCCUUAAAAUUAGAAUUAGAACGAUGUUAUAAUAAGGUCGCCAAAUCUCAAAAAUUGGAACAAGAAAUUGCGAAAGUGCAUAGAGUGCAUGAGGAAUUAGCAGCAUCCUGCGAACGAAGAGAAAAACUGGAACGCGCUGCUAGAUUGAGGCUACAAAAUGAUUGCAGACGAUUAACCGAAUUAAACCGCGCACUGAGAGAUCAGAUAGAUUUACUAUCUGCACGCACCGAUAGCCCGCCUAUUGUGGAAUCUAUGAGGAAAGAAUUAACUCAACGUGAAUUACUAAUUGCACAAUUGAUUACGCAAAAUAAAGAAUUAGCUGCAGCGAAAGAAAGACAAGAAAUUGAAUUGGCUGCGCAACGAGCAACGUUACAAGAGCAACGUACACACAUAGAUAUUUUAGACACGGCCCUUACUAAUGCUCAAGGCAACGUCGUGCGUCUUGAAGAAGAAUGUCGGAAAAAACAAGUGUACGUAGAGAGAGUAGGCCAACUUCAACGAGCUCUGUCUUCUCUUCAAGCGUCCAGUGACAGAAGAGAAGAAACAGAAAGACAGUUAAGAGGUCAAUUAGAACGGGAAUUAAGAGAAGGCGGCGGUGGUGGUGCUAAUGGUACCGAACAAUCCUCCAAUGGGGAAACGAUUGCAGAAUUAAAACGACGAAUACGCGAAAGAGACGAAAAAAUCAUGUCACUAGAGGGUGACGUUGCGAAAUGGGAACAACGUUAUCUCGAAGAAAGUGCACUAAGGCAAGCCGCGAUUGAUGCGGCUAGUCUCCCGAAGGACGCUAAAAUAGCUGCGUUAGAGAAAACGAGUCAAGAUGCAGAGAAGUUAAUUGCUGAAGCUCGUUCCGAAAAAAUGAGACAUAUGGAUGAAGUACAUGCCGCACAAAAGAAAUUAGCUGAUCUUGAAUCUAGAAUGAAAGAUCUAGAAUCGAAAUUGGCUGAAAGAGAUGCAAUGAUUAGAGUCCUCCAGAAACACACAUAUGAUAAGGAUAGUAGUAGCAGUAGUGGCGUUGGCAGCUAUCCUGCUGCUCAUUCGUCGCAUUCAAGCACAUCGGCAGAUCAUCACACUGCGCUUACAAGCACGCCAGAACUUGUGAGUAGCGUAUUGGGUGGAGGCAGUGGUUAUGGAAGUACUGGUUCUUACGGUGUUACGGACAGUUAUAAAUACAGGAAGCAAGGCAGUUUCGAGCAAACAAAUAAAAGUCUUGAUGAUCAGUUAAAAGAGCUAGAUUCCCAGCUGCUUAGCAAGCGGGCACUUUGCUGUUUUCCAGGAUUCUCUAAUCCAGGCACUGCGUCGCGAAAAGGAAAAAUACCCAAGCCAUUAUUGGCGGGUGUAGAUAGCACAGGUACUUCGAGCACAGCCUCAAGCAAGAGCCGUCUGUUGGACGAUUCGGGGGGCGAGGUCUCGCCGGGUAUAAUGGAAUUCGCGAGUGCAGCCUCGAGGCUGAAAGGCACUGUGUCGAGAUUAUCGGAUGGCAAGCCCGAGGACAUGAUGCUGCUGGAGAAACAGGGUCGGAGCUCUCAAAGGCAGAGGAUGCAGGAGGGUGAGCCGCGUCGCGCCGGCAGCCUCCCGCCCAGCUCGUUGCCGCGACCGCCGAAAGCGUUGAAGUCUACCAACUCCCGUUACUGCCGAUUGAGCGAUACGGAGACACGCAAGAAGUCGGAUCCGGGCCCGGCUCUGGACGCGUCCGCCAACAUGAAGGUGCGCGACGCGGCCAACUGCACCAUCGAGUACGGCAGAUUCGACACGAAAGCGCAGCGCAGGAAGAAGUCGUUCGGCGCGGAGCCGCUGGUCGCGAACAGCACGCCGAAGAAGCCCUCCUCUUCGGUCGGUCACGAGUACGAGCGCCUUCAGGGCGAGAAUCUCCGCAAGAAACAACCCUCCGUGAACGCGGAGGUGAAGCACAGAGAGACGCAGAGCCGCUCGCUGAUACCACCGCCGUCUCGUCGCAUCGGGGAGUACGGUCGCCUCAGCGAAGGGACAUUGAGGAAACAGACCGGUUCGAGGGGCCAGAGCACCGGCAGCACAGUGAGCAGCAAAAGCGGAGGGCGCGACUCCGGCGGCACAGCCAGCAGCGAGGCCUCCACGUCGUCGCUACCGCCAUCCAAGGCGAGAUCAAUACCGCGCCCCAACAAUUAUCGCAUUCAAUUUUGAUUCGUGGGAGUCGGGACCGAUCCACGCUGCUCUUCGAAAACGGAAGCUAUUUGACGGAGAAUGUAUCGGCUUCUCGUUGAUUUUAUCUGUUGAUAGGUUGGAGUUGAAUCAGUUUUUCACGGGCUACGCGCCACGUCUGUUUCAAUGGGUUUUGUAAGUCUGUCCUGGGUCACUGGUGACCUGGAAUCUUGUACGUUAGGAAUGUUUGUAACGUAUCACAUGGUCGUGCCGUGAAUUGUUUUUUCAAAAGAAAUGGGGAGCCAUUUAACUUAAGAAUUAAGCGAAAGUUUUGGGUAGAUUUUAUGGGAACUUUGUUCUUGGUCACCGGUGAUCCACGCGGCAUGAAAUUGCGUAGAUGGUACCACUCUUGUAUGGAAUUCUGUUUCCGAUUAACAUUCGCUGGGGAUUUCAAAGAAGAACGACGAGACCGAUCUAGCUGAGUAAUAAAGCGAGCACUAAACAGCGUUUAAAGUGAGAUGGUAUAUUGGAAAUCGAUGUCGAUUGCUAAAUCAAAAGCGAGACCAGCUUUUCGAGCACCUUUUGCUUCGUUCUUCUGUAGUUCGAUUGCAUAGAGUCCUAAACAUGCGUAUAUGCGUGAGCAAUACGUAAACAGCCAUAAUAAUGAAGCGCUAGUUCCCUUCGCCACUGUUAAGCGGGCGAGGGAAAUCGCACGAUAUAGCGCAGUCGUUGGUAUAUUGUUGCGUAGCGAUAGUGCAUGACCUAGUCAUUACCAAAGUAACUUCUAUUAUGAAAUGGAAUUGAUUUCCUCUCAUUUUCGUAUACACCGUGCCUAUGUCUCGGAACACUGUGGCCUUAUCAAAUGUGUAUUCAUUACAAAAAAAAAUCGUGUGCCUUGUAAGACUGCGUAAAUGCUCGGUAUAACUAUAGUCUAAGGGAGUACGUUCAGGAACUUUUUGAAUUAGGGGGACGAGUGUAUUCGGAGGUUAUAGUCGGAUCAAAGUCAAAUGGUCGGUCAGGGCUAUAGAAAUCUUACCACGUCUUCUCAUUAAUUUAGCUCUUAAUUUUUCUACACUUUUAGCAAGUCUUCUGGAAUGUUCGAAAAGGGAAUCGAUCGGCGUUCUCACGUUUGAUAAUUAGACGGACAUGAAGAAUCCAUGUUCCUAUAAAUAAGCGGUCGAAAAAGUUCGUUAAAAACUUUUAAUGCUCUGGAAUCUCAUAAGUUUUAAUUGAAUUAUUUUUAUUCGACGUCUUUCGUGACGGUUCAUUUUUAACUACGAAUUAAUGCUUUUAAAAGGUAGAAGAUCUGCGUGUUCCAUCGAUGCAAAAAGUAAAGCCACACUCGAAGUGGUUGGAUCGGUGUAAGUGAUCCUGAGUAGCCAAUUGAGUUUGCUCCGACCGCAGAUUAUUUUUCGAACUGUAUUUGCUCUUCCGCCGAGAAUAUCGCAUUUUUUUUUGUGCGUGCCUUAUGAAAGCAUUUUCUACUGAGUAUCUUUGAGUCCGUUUCCUGUCGGAAACGCUGCAAAGAUACGAAGCGAUCGGUUCCGCUUUUCCCUUGGAAAAGCGGAACUCUACCAUUCGGAGAAUAUGAAACCGGCGUCCGGUUGCGCAGCGAGGGAUUUAAAAUAGGUUCUAUAUUUUCUGUAAUCAUAACUUUUUUUU